AGAUAUUUGACAAAUAUUCCGCUUUGAGUACAUAUUUGACAUUCUCAUUAUUCCUCAGCAGUGUUCAUUCUGUAAAAAUCUAUGAUCAAAUGUCAAUUUGAAAUAAAGGUGCCUAUUUUAUAAAAAUGCCAAUAUAUUUUACACAAGAAGAAAUGAGCAAUACAUAAAUCAUGAGUGGAUUUUUUUAAACUUUAUAAAGAUUACCACCACAUUUAAUACUAUGAAUGCUCCGGCUAUAAAAGAACCUGAUUCAUUCUUAUAUUUCGCUUAUGGCGCGAAUAUACUUCCUUACAGAAUGCGCAUGUACAAUCUAUCACCAGAAUUCGUAUCAAUUGCACGAAUUGAGAAUUAUAGACUGGAUUUCAUAAAAUAUUCCAAAUAUUGGGGAGGACCUACAGCUACGUUAGUGCCGACUGCCAAUGCUCAUGCAUGGGGUAUCAUUUGGCGCAUGAAAAUCAGCGACAGGGAUUCCUUAGAUGGAUUGAAGGAAGUAGAGGUGAAGAAAUAUUACGUAAAAAUAGUUGAAGUUUUGACGCCAUACAUGGGAUACUUUAGAUGUCGAACAUAUAUUCAGAAAGUUAACCCCUUGCCUAGAGGAGAUAAGGACACCAUUCCCGUGGAACAAUGGCCUUCAUGGUCCUACCAGCGCAUCAUGUUGCUCGGUGCGAUAGUGAAUGAGCUGCCAGAAUAUUACAUCAGUUUUCUGCGUAAAUUGAAGCAUAAUGAUGACGAGGGCUGCGUGCGCACAGACUGCCUACUGGUCCGUUACUCGCGGGAGCCACCUUGCGAGUGCCGCGUGCCCGGCAGGAUCCCCAGGCUGCCUCUCAAGCUCGAUUUGAAAACGAGAAACGUCAGAGUGCAGGCUCAGACCAGAUGAAAAUGUUCUUUG